AUGGCUGUUAUACAUGAAGUGGGGAUUGCUUUAUGUGGAUGUUUAUAUUAUGUAGAAAUUCCAGAAUUAUCACAGCUUAUGAGGAAAGGACACUGCUUAUACACAACCGCUUUGCAUCCCAUCAGCCGAUCACUCCGCUCCUCAUACACUCUUCAUAUUUAUCCUAUUGCAAUUCACUUCUUCCAUCAGAUCUCCACUUUGUACCAGGUAAACAAAUCAUUUUCCACGAAGGAUGUCCGUAUUUGUUCCGCCUACACUGAAUGCAGAUCAGGAAGAGGGGCGACUAUCUCGCAUGCUUCGUCGUCCUACAAAACGAAAGUACAGUGCUGUACGUAUCGUCAGCACUGUUUCAACUGGUCAGUUCAUUAUAUUACUAAUUAUUGA